AGGAAACACUGAAAAUAGCGAAGGGAAAAAAAACUUGUAUGCAUUCUUCACGCAUCUACUCGCGUCGUUUUGCUGCAUACUGAUUUCGCACCUCCCGCGACGCACCCUCGCCGCUCAUAUCGCAAUCCCCAUUUCGUCACGACAGCAACUCUACCCCAGAAAGAAAGAAAAACUGAAAUGGAGCCACGACGAUGGCGGCCAAAGUUCUAUAAUCCGUUCACGGAGCGCAAGAAGCGUCUGGGGUAUCUUCCCUUGUACCGCGGCUUCUUCCGCACGAUGCCGCUGCACCGGUGGAGCAUGAACGACAUCCAGAAGGUCCUGGGCUACGCCGCUUUGAAUCCGUCGCUCUUCGGCUUUCCAGAUCAGCCCACCUGCAUCGUGAACACGGCCUACUUUCUGCCCUCGCUGCGCAGCCGUCUUCGUGGUGUCUGGGCCUUCGGCACGGAGCGGGGGUGUAAGAACAUUAUUGUGCCGCACUCAUGCAGCAACGAGAACUUCGACGUGCUGGAUGCACGCCUGAUCGAACCGCUCUUUCGUUGGAACCCUGGCGUGCAGUACGUGUACCUGUCGAGGCACUGUCAGCCCAUGGCGCAGCAGCUCCUCAGUUCCCUCAGCAAGUGCCCGCAUCUGCGCGAGGUGACGCUGGAGGGGUGGAACGACGCGGUGGCGGUGCACCGAGUGAUGGCGGCGUGCAAGCAGGCGGACGUGUUGGAGACCUACAGCCUCGACGACCCCCCGCGAGACUGGCGCAACGAGUUGUCGGUGCAGGCCCUCACCACGCUCAUCGAGAUGCACCCGAAGCUGCGUGCCGUCAAGUCCCAUCGCCUCUACCUCACCGACUGGUACGAGGCGACUCGCUUUUCCCGUUGCAAGCACAACGUAGCCCUCGUCCCCUUCUCGUGCGACUUUGUGAUCUUGUUCUACGGCAUGUUUCUUUUGCUCGUCUGCGUCCCCGCCUACGGCGCGUAUCGGCUCGUUUACGCCCUCGCCAGGGACCGUCUGUCCGUCGCCUACGCGUGGUUUUGGAGCGUCAUGGCGUUUAUCGCCACCUUCGCCGCCAUCGUUGUAUUUGACACGAUUGGCUGGUCGUAUCGCGGACGCGGUUGGGUGUACAUGCAGAAAUACUUCAUCUUGGCGAAGCGGCGCGUUGACAUUUGGAUGAACGUGCAUCAGAGUGCCCUGGUGCCGAAAUGA